UUUUUUAAAAAUAAAAAUAAUAAUAUCGUCGUGUCUUUGGUUGUGAAUUUGAAUAACAAAAUGAAAUUUCAAAAGUAUCGUAAUUAUAUUGUUUGUUUUGUUCUGUUCCCUUUUUAAUUUGAAGAUCCUCUCUCUCUCUCUCUCUCUCUCGCUCACCGGAAAACUUCGCUGUCCAAAUCUCCGAGGAUCUCGUCGAUCAAUCCAACGGUUUAAUUUCACCAUUUUCAGAUCUCACAGAGCAUACUCGGAAGAUUGAUACAGAAGAAGUGCAGUGGAAGAAGGUUCUUCUUCUUUUUCUUUGUUGUUGUAAAGCAAUUUGAAUCUGAAUACUUUACAGAUUCAUUCAAUUCAUCUUUCAUUUCGUUUCACGCUUGAUUCAAUUUGAGUUCGCGAAACUUAGGGUUUCUAAAUAGGGAGAAACAACAACUUAGGGUUCUCUCUCUCUCUCUCUCUGUGGGGUCUGUUUAUUAUUAUUAUUAUAGUGGGUGAAGCCAUGUUUAAGAAGAUCAUGAAAGGGGCACAUCGAAAGGCCUCUAGAACUGAGGCGAAUGAUUCGUCUAUGUAUGGGUUUGAUCCACCGGGUCCUGGAUCCAACAAUAUGGCUGUAAAUCACGCAUCUCGUGGUCCUUCUUCUUCUCCAGGUUCAACAACGGCACAACCCCAUCCUCCUCCUCCUCCUCCUAUGUAUUCAGUGGAGCCUCUUCCUUUGUUCAGAGACGUUUCUGUUUCCGAGCGUCACUCCUUGUUCUUGAGGAAACUCCAGAUUUGCUGUUUCCAGUUUGAUUUUACAGACACGUUGAAGAACGCGAGGGAGAAGGAGAUAAAAAGGCAGACUUUAUUAGAGCUUGUUGAUUUUAUUCAGUCUGGUGCAGGGAAGCUCACUGAACUCUGUCAGGAAGAAAUGGUAAAGAUGGUUUCGUUUAAUAUAUUCAGGUGUCUUCCUCCUGCUUCACACGAGAAUACAGGUCAAGAGCCUGCUGAUCUCGAGGAAGAGGAGCCUUACUUGGAACCAUCUUGGCCUCAUUUACAGCUUGUUUACGAGUUGCUGCUUAGAUACAUUGUUCCUUCUGACACAGAUACUAAAGUUGCUAAACGGUAUAUUGACCAUUCCUUUGUGUUGAAGCUGCUUGAGUUGUUUGAGACCGAAGAUCCUAGAGAAAGGGAGUACUUGAAAACGAUUCUUCAUAGGAUUUAUGGCAAGUUUAUGGUCCACAGGCCCUUUAUUAGGAAAGCAAUGAAUUAUAUAUUCUAUAGGUUUAUCUACGAGACUGAGAGACAUAGCGGGAUUGGGGAACUUUUGGAGAUUCUUGGUAGUAUUAUCAAUGGGUUUGCCUUGCCAAUGAAGGAGGAGCACAAGCUCUUUCUGAUCAGGGCGUUGAUACCGCUGCAUAAGCCGAAACCAAUCGCAAUGUAUCAUCAGCAGUUGUCUUACUGCAUUGUUCAGUUUGUGGAGAAAGAUUAUAAGCUUGCGGAUACAGUGAUCAGGGGAUUGUUAAAGUUUUGGCCUGUGACAAACUGUACAAAAGAGGUUCUCUUUCUUGCUGAACUUGAAGAGGUUCUCGAGGCAACACAAACUGUUGAGUUCCAACGCUGUAUGGUCCCUCUGUUCCAACAGAUUGCUCGAUGCCUCAGUAGCUCUAAUUUUCAGGUUGCAGAACGAGCACUGUUCUUAUGGAACAACGAGCACGUAGUGGGUCUAAUUGCUCAGAACAGAAGCGUGAUCCUUCCUAUCAUAUUCGGUUCGCUGGAGAAAAACACAGAGUCUCACUGGAACCAAGCAGUGCAUGGUCUAAGCGCGAAUAUAAAGAGAAUGUUCAUGGAGAUGGACCCUGAACUCUUUGAAGAUUGCCAGCAACAGUACGAAGAGAAACAAGCCAAAUCUAAACAAGUGGAAGAGCAACGCCAAGAUAGGUGGAGGAGAUUAGAUGAAGCAGUAGAGGAGCGAGAAAGAGAAGAUCCUAUGAUCACUUCUUAGAAGAAAAACAGUUACCAAAUCAUCCAAUUAAUAAUAUUCUUUCUUUUACUUCUUCACAAUUUCACUAAUCGUUGCAAAAUAUUAUAUUUUAUUUAUUUAUUUUGAAGGUCUGGAAAAAAAGUCCUUAAAUCAAGCCAUUAGAUUUUU